AUGACUAAAUCAGGUGUUCAACCUGAUGCCUAUACAUGUAAUACUCUUAUACAUGGGCUCUGUACAACUGGUCAAGUGGGUCGUGCUCUUCAGUUAAAAAAUAACAUGUUGAAAUGGAAUUGCAGACCCGAUGUUGUUUCAUGUAAUGUCAUUAUAGAUACCCUUUGCAAAGGAGGUUUACUUGAUGAAGCUUUGGUUCUCUUCUCUGAAAUGCUUCACGAUUUCAAUGUUGUGUCCGAUGUAUUUGCUUACAAUACUUUGAUUAACGGGUUUGGAAAUUCAGGCCGGUUAAAGGAGGCAAAGAGACUCUUUGACGAGAUGGUUAGUAGAGGAAUCUCCGCAAAUGUAACUACUUAUACUUCUUUGAUUCACUGUCAUUGCCUACAUGGUCAACAGAAAGAAGCAAGAAGAUAUUUUGAUGAAAUGAUGGAUCGACGGAUUUCACCCGAUGUCGUAACCUUCGGUGUAUUAAUAGAUUCACAUUGUAAAGAUGGGAUGACGGAAGAUGCUUGGGGGUUAUUUAAACUAAUGGACGAGAUAAACAUACAACCUAAUCAGAUUACUUAUAAUUCAAUGAUGGAUGGUCUGUGUUUAGUAGGUCGUUUGCAAGAUGCGGUGAAACUGUUUGACUCGAUGGUAGAUAGGGGCCUAAAGCCAACUGAGUCCAACUAUAGUGUGUUAAUCAAUGGGUAUUGCAAAAAGCGUAAGGUUGAUGAAGCUAUGCGGCUCUUCAAGAAAAUGGGACAAAAUGGAUUGAAACCAACAACAGUUUCUUACAGUAUAGUAUUAGCAGGAUUAUACCGAGAUGGAAGAGUUGGGACUGCAAGGAAUUUGUUUAAUGAGAUGUUAUCUUUUGGUCUAUCUCCAAGUAUUAUCACAUACGGCAUAGUGUUGGAUGGGUACUGUAAGAAUGGAAAACUGGAGGAGGCAAUAGAAUUGUUUGAAUCCAUGGAAGGUACUGCUGGUAUCUCUGCUAAUGAAUAUAUGUACGCUAUUAUAAUUCAUGCCUUGUUUCGAGCUGGCAAGUUGGAAGAUGCAAGAAAACUAUUUAAUGAAAUCCCCAGCAAAGGAGUAGUGCCUGAUGUAGUGACAUAUAGCACAAUGAUUAAUGGCGUCCUUGUUUACCAAAUGCUCGAACAUAUGAUAUUCUCAUUCAGGGAUUUCUUAUAG